ACUACAUUUCCUCGCACCUACUGUCAACUCCAAGGAAAAUGCUGAGAAGCUUCCCAGUUGACACAACAGCCCUUCAUCAGAGCAGUCACCCGUGUCCAGAGCUGGCGUCCGCACGGUGUAAACGAUCCAGCCUAGAAAGAAUCGCCAGAGAGGGCUCAGCAUGUUUCACCUAAUAAAGAAAGACAAGGACAAGGACAAGGAAAAGGAUUCUGGGAAGAAGGAGAAAAAAGACAAAAAAGAAAAGAAGGAGCGGAUGUCCCAGGCAGAGUUGAAGAGCCUGGAGGAAAUGAGCAUAAGGAGAGGUUUCUUCAACAUCCACCGAGGGAGUUCCAAGAGGGAAUCUAGGAGCAAGCUUGAGAUUUCUAGUCCUAUCCCAAUUAAAGUAGCUAGUAACACAGAGCUCAGCCUGACAAACGUAGAGGUUGAACGCUUGGACAACUGCAGGACCCUGGGGCAUGAGGGUGGGCAAAUGAACACACCUACCCCUCGUGAGGAUACCCAGGGAACUGAACAGGAGCCCCAUCGUGCCUCUGUAAAGGAACGAGCGGCCAAGUUUGGUGAUUUGGCCACAGCAAAUUCUCUAGUGGGCCAGAGGCGCCUCUCAUUUCCCCAGAGGAGCAAAGAAGACAAGCCCUCUGCACCGACUCCCUUGGGACAGAAGUCUUCCACAUCUUCUCUUCACACAGAGGCUUCCGACCCACAGAGUAGGCAGGGCUCGCAAUCGCAAGGUCCAAACAGGAGAAUGGUCCAUAUUCCAGAGAUGGUGGAGAAGACCUUCCCUGGAGCGGACCUACAGCUGCCUCUAUUAGCGGCUCCACCUGUGCCAGAUCCAAGGGAGUUGGAGGUGCAGCGACGCAACACUGGGGAUUUUGGCUUCUCAUUGCGCAGGACCGCCAUGCUGGAGAGGCGGUCUGAUGGCGGGGUGAGCCGACGUCUUGUUCACUUUGCUGAGCCUGGGGCUGGGACCAAAGAUCGGGCCCUGGGCCUGGUGCCUGGAGACAGGCUGGUGGAAAUCAAUGGGAUCAAUGUGGAGAACAAGAACAGGGAUGAGAUUGUGGAGAUGAUCCGUCAGUCUGGAGAUUCAGUCCGGCUCAAAGUGCAGCCUAUUUUGGAGCUGAGUGAGUUGAACCGCUGCUGGCUGAGGACCAUGCAGGACCUGCACAGAGGAGUCUUUGAUGUGAAGACUGAGGAGCAGAUAACUGCAGAGAGGGCCUGGUACAAUACCGAAAAAGUAUGGCUCGUCCACAAGGAUGGAUUUUCCUUGGCCACUCUCCUGAAGACGAAGGCAGGCAGUCUGCCAGAGGGGAAGGUGAAAAUUCGACUAGAGAGUGAUGGAUCUCUAUUGGAUGUGGAUGAGGACGAUGUGGAGAAGGCAAACCCUCCGAUGUUUGAUCGAGUGGAGGACCUGGCCUCUCUGCAGUACUUGAAUGAGUCAAGUGUGAUGCACUCACUGCGCCAGCGGUAUGGAGGUAACCUGGUCCACACGCAUGCUGGGACCAACAUGGUGGUCAUUAACCCCAUUAGUGCCCCCUCCAUGUACUCUGAGAAGGUGAUGCACAUGUUUAAGGGCUGUAGGAGGGAAGACACUGCCCCACACAUUUAUAGCAUUGCCCAGUGCGCCUACAGGAAUCUCCUGACCACUCGUCAGGACCAGUCCAUUGUCUUGCUGGGCAAGAGUGGAAGUGGCAAGACUACCAACUGCCAACACCUGGUCCAAUACCUGGUCACUAUUGCCGGAAGCACCAACAAAACCUUCUCAACGGAGAAAUGGCAGGCAGUCUACACUGUUUUGGAGGCAUUUGGGAAUGCCUCCACCUCUUUGAAUGGGAAUGCUAGCCGCUUCUCCCAUGUUGUCUCCCUCGACUUUGACCCGGCAGGCCAGGUGACCUCAGCGUCAAUCCAGACCAUGCUUCUGGAGAAGACAAGAGUGACAAGAAGGCCAGAGGGAGAGUCCACUUUUAAUGUCUUUUACUAUCUGAUGGCUGGAGUAGACAGUUCUCUGAGAACCGAGCUGCACCUCAACCACUUUGCUGAAAACAAUGCAUUUGGAAUCAUGCCUCAGGCAAAAUCUGAGGACAAGCAGCGGGCCUCCCAGCAGUUCUCCAAACUACAAGCAGCCAUGAAGGUUCUGGGGAUCGGCACUGAGGAGCAGAAAGCCUUCUGGCUCAUACUCGGGGCGAUCUACCAUCUUGGGGCUGCAGGAGCUACCAAGGCUGGCAGGAAACAAUUUGCACGUCAUGAGUGGGCCCAGAAGGCAGCCUACCUGCUGGGCUGCACCCUGGAGGAGCUCUCCUCCUCCAUCUUCAAGCACCAGGCCAAGGGCACCCUGCCCAGAGCCAGCAGCGUCCGCCAGGCUUCUGACGAAAAUGGCACAGGAGACACAGGAUCCAAGGCCUCUGCUAUGGAGUGUUUAGAGGCUAUAGCAUCUGGGCUUUAUUCUGAACUCUUCACCAUCCUCAUUUCCCUCAUCAAUCGGGCCUUGAAGUCCAGCCAGCACUCCUUGUGCUCUCUGCUCAUUGUGGACACCCCAGGCUUCCAAAACCCCAGACUAGCCAAGCGUGAAUGUGGCGCCACCUUUGAGGACCUAUGCCACAACUACACUCAUGAGCGUCUGCAGGCGCUCUUUCACCAACGUACCUUUGUUCAGGAGCUGGAGCGAUACAAGGAGGAGAACAUCGAGCUUGCUUUAGAUGACACAGAGCCCAGCUCAUUUCUGUCUGUAGCAGUGGUAGACCAAGCAUCAAGCCAAGCACUGGUACGGACAGUACGCACAGAUGAGGCACGGGGCCUGUUGUGGCUGAUGGAGGAGGAGGCACUGCAGCCUGAGGGAUCAGAGGAAACACUGUUGGGACGCCUCUUCAGCUACUAUGGACCUGCUGAGGGAGAGAGUAAAGGUCACACUUUUCUCCUGAAAAGUGAAAGGGCUCAUCAUUUCCUGCUGGGCCACAGUCACGGGACCGACUGGGUAGAGUACGAUGCCCGCGGGUGGUUGAACCACGCCAAGCAGAAUCCUGCCUCGGCCAAUGCUGCAAGCCUUCUGCAGGACUCCCAAAAGAAGAACAUCAGCUCUCUGUUUAUGAGCCGAGCGAGUGGAGCCACUGUUCUGUCCGGCUCCGUUGCUGGCCUUGAGGGUGUUUCACAGCUGUCCUUGCGGCGGGCCACGAGCAUGAGGAAGACCUUUACCACAGGGGUGGCUGCUAUCAAAAAGAAGUCCCUGUGCAUCCAGAUAAAGCUUCAAGUGGACGCUCUGCUUGACAUGCUGCGGAGGUCCAGGAUUCACUUUGUUCACUGCAUGCUGCCCAAGGCCGAUGCCCUUAAGGCUCUGAGUGGAUCCCUGUUCAAAGGAGGGGAGGGCGAGGCUCAAGGUGAGAGUGGAGAUUCCAGCUUGAUGCAGCUUGACGUAGCCUUGCUUCGUGCUCAGCUCCGUGGCUCCAAGCUGCUCGACACUCUCCGGAUCUACAGGCAAGGUUACCCCGAUCAAAUGGUGUUCUCAGAGUUUCGCCGACGUUUUGAUGUGCUGGCUCCACAUCUCACCAAGAAACAUGGAAGAAAUUACAUAGUGAAGGAUGAGAAGAGGGCUGUGGAGGAGCUACUGGAGUCCUUGGACUUGGAGAAGAGCAGCUACCACAUGGGUUUGAGUAGGUUGUUCUUCAGAGCUGGCACCUUGGCUAAGCUGGAGGAGCAGAGGGAUGAACAGACCAAGCGUAAUCUAACCCUGUUCCAAGCUGCUUGUAGAGGCUACCUGGCACGGCAAGCCUUCAAGAAGAGGAAGAUCCAGGAUCUGGCCAUCCGGUGCAUCCAGAAGAACAUCAAGAAGAACCGUGGUGUGAAGGAUUGGCCCUGGUGGAAGCUCUUCACCACCGUUCAGCCUCUCAUCAAAGUCCAGCUCACCGAGGAAGAGAUGCGUGGCAAAGACGAGGAGAUCCAGCAACAGAAAUUGAAGCUUGAAAAAGUGGAGAAAGAGCGGAAUGAGCUGAGAUUGAACACUGAUCGACUGGAGAGCAAGAUCACAGAGCUGCUGGCAGAGCUGGCUGAUGAGAGAAACACUGGUGAGUCAGCAUCCCAGUUGCUGGAGACUGAGACUUCAGAGAGACUUCGCCUGGAGAAGGACAUGAAGGAUCUGCAGGCGAAGUUUGAUGCCAUGAAGAAGCAGAUGGAACUACAGGAGAUAGAGGUGAUGGAAGCUCGGCUCCUCAAAACAUCAGAGCUCAACGGGGAGAUAGAUGAUGACGAUGAUGAUGCAGGAGGCGAGUGGCGGCUAAAAUACAACCGGGCUGUUCGUGAAAUGGAGUUCACCAAAAAGAAACUCCAGCAGGAGUUUGAAGACAAGCUGGAGACGGAGCAGCAGAGCAAAAGACAUCUUGAGAGAAGGCUGGCUGAUUUGCAGACAGAUAAUGAGGAUGUGCAGCGCUCUGUGCAGCAGCUGAAGAAGAAGUGCCAGAGACUGACAGCAGAGCUGCAGGACACCAAGCUUCACCUGGAGGGCCAACAGAGCCGCAACCAUGAGCUGGAAAAGAAACAGAGGAAAUUUGACCUGGAGCAGGGCCAAGCUCAGUCCGAGGUACAAAGAGAGAAGAGCCAGAGGGAGAGGCUGGCUCGAGAGAAGGACUUAAUGACCGGCGAGAUGUUUAGCCUCCGCCAGCAGCUGCAGGACAAGGACAUUGAGCUGUGUGCGGCAAAUGUGAAGAUGCAGCAGCUAGAUAUGGAGCUCCAGGAUCUCUCCUCCCAGGAGUCCAAGGAUGAGGCUUCGCUGGCAAAGAUCAAGAAGCAACUUCGCGACCUUGAAGCCAAGGUGAAGGACCAGGAGGAGGAGCUGGACGAACAGGCGGGAACCAUCCAGAUGCUGGAGCAGGCUAAGCUGCGGCUUGAGAUGGAGAUGGAGAGGCAACGGCAGACCCACUCUAAAGAGAUUGAGAAUAAGGAUGAAGAGGUGGAGGAGAUCAGACAGUCCUGCAGUAAGAAGCUGAAGCAGAUGGAGGUGCAGCUGGAGGAAGAGUAUGACGACAAGCAGAAAGUCUUGCGUGAGCGAAGAGACCUGGAGUCCAAACUGCUGAACGCUCAGGACCAGGUGAGCCAUAGGGAUGUGGAGACAGAGAAGAGGCUGAAGAAAGACCUAAGGAGAACCAAAGUGCUACUGGCUGAUGCCCAAAUUAUGCUGGACCACAUGAAGAACAACGCCCCCAGCAAGAGGGAGAUCGCCCAGCUCAAAAAUCAACUGGAAGAGUCAGAGUUCACUUGCGCAGCUGCAGUGAAAGCUCGUAAGGGCAUGGAGAUUGAAAUAGAGGACUUACACAUCCAAAUGGACGAUGUGGUCAAAGCCAAGAUGUCGCUAGAGGAGCAGGUUAGCCGUCUGCAGAGGGAGAAGAAUGACCUGCAGUCCCGUAUGGAGGAGGAUCAGGAAGACAUGAAUGAGCUGAUGAAGAAACACAAGGCUGCGGUCUCCCAGUCUGCCAGGGACUUGAGCCAGAUCAGUGACCUGCAGGCCCAGCUGGAGGAGGCCACAAAGGAGAAGCAGGAGAUCCAGGAAAAGCUUCAUUCACUGCAGAGCCAGCUGGAGUUCCAGGAACAGUCCAUGGUGGAAAAGUCUCUCGUGAGCCGCCAGGAGGCCAAGAUCCGUGAGCUGGAGACCAAGCUGGAGUAUGAGAGAACACAGAUCAAACGCUUAGAGAGCCUGGUUGCCCGUCUGAAGGAGAACCUUGAAAAGAUAACGGAGGAGAGAAACCAACACAGCGCUGCAGAGAACCGGGAGAAGGACCAGAACAAGCGAAUGCAGAGGCAGAUAAGGGAUCUGAAAGAGGAGAUGGGAGAGCUGUCCAAGAAGGAGGCUGAGGCCAGCCGCAAGAAGCAUGAACUGGAAAUGGACAUUGAGAGCCUGGAGGCAGCAAAUCAGAGCUUACAAGUGGACCUUAAGCUGGCCUUCAAGAGGAUAGGUGACUUGCAGGCUGCCAUCGAGGAUGAGAUGGAGAGUGAUGACAAUGAAGACCUAAUUAAUAGUUUACAAGACAUGGUGACAAAAUAUCAGAAAAGAAAGAACAAAACUGGGGAUGAGACAGAAACGGACUCAGAGGUGGAGGACCGUGUGGAUGGAGUUAAGUCAUGGUUGUCCAAGAACAAGGGCUCCACGAAGACUCCGUCAGAUGAGGGCAGCCUUAAGAGCACCAGAUGCGCAGCAAAUGUAGAUGCCAAGGAGGUGCAAGAAGGUAAGGAGAAGAUGAAUGAAGUAAGUAAAGAGGGGAAAGAGGUAGAGCAGAACCGGUCAGUGUCUGUCAUGAGUUCCCUAAGCUACAGGAAGCGCUCCAACCUGAAAGACUCCAUAGGUGGAACAGGAGAUGAUAGUUCCUUGUUCAGCACUCUCAAAGAACAGACAGACACAGUGGACCACUCCUCUAUUCGUAAGGCCAAGUCAAAGUCCGGAGAGCUUCAGGAGGACAGGAAGAAGAGCCAAGCACAAGAAGACUUGGAUGACAAAGAGUCUGUGAUCUCCCUGGCCUAUUCUGAGGCUACCAGCAGAGCCAGGAAGGGCAUGGAGUGCCGCUGGACCUCUCGCAGCAGUCCUGAAUUUGACAAGGACUCCAAGGUGUCUUCUCUGGCUCCCAGCAGGAUGUCCACCAGAAGGGGCAUGUUGGACAUAGAUGAUGACAGUAAGUCUACCAUCAGCAGUGUAAGCCACACUAGUCCUCGAUCCCUGCACCGGAGCACCUCAUGGAAAGACGAAAGACGUAGCAGCUCACGCUUGUCCGUGGCCCGCAGCUGUGGCCUCAGUGAGUUUGGCCUCUGUUUGGACGAUGAUGAUGAUGAUGCCCGGAGCGUGGCCUUUAGUGAAGCAGGUAUUUCAUCUUACAGUCCCCGCUCCCUCAGCCGUAGUUUCUCCAAUCCAUCUGAACCACGCUCCUCAGAUGGCAACCCGCCAGACACCUCUGAGAUUAAGUCAGUCACUCACCGCAAUUAUCUGGACCCAGACUUGGAGGCUGCCAUCAACGAGGUGCUGAGCUUCAAACCCAUCAAGUUCAAGCGCAGCAAACUUGAUGAAUCUAGUGAUGAGGAAGAGGAGGAGAAGAAGGGGGCAGGAACUGAGAACAGUAAGAAGAGAGGAGAAGACGAGGGCCUUGGGUCCAGCCUGCAUCACUCUGCAUCAGGCUCUGCUCUGGACUACAGUAGUCGUCCAUCCAGCAGCUUCAGCACCAGCAGCUCCCGCAGUCACAAGGCCAAGAAAAAGAAAGUUUCUGAGUCGGACAGCUCCUCUUCAGAUGAACGCCACAGCAGUAGGAGCUCCAAGGGAAAGAAGGGCAAGAAGUCUAAGAAGGGAUCUAAGAAAAAGCAGAGUGAGUCAGAGGAUUCCUCUUCUUCUUCCUCAUCUGAGUCCUCCUCCAACUCCACCAUCUCCUACCGCAGCUCCAGCAGUGUAAAGAGGGCUCCAGUUGCUGCAUCUGAUGAUGAGAAGGGAUCUGCAUCCAGUAAGAAGGAAACAAAAAGGAAACAGAAGAAAAUGGAUAACUUGGUGAUGAAGUACCUCUACAAGCCCGACAGUGACUAAUUUCAACAGCAGAAGGUGAUGCUUGGUGUGAUGCUAACCCAGGAGCCCGGAUUGAUCUUUUUUUUUUUCACUAAUUUAACACAUUAACCCAGUCUUUAAAUCGUUAGGCACUUGUAGGUGAUGCUGUAAAUUAUGUCAGAGACAUUAAGGUUGCUUUGUAUAAUAAUGGAUUUGUCCUUGGUGUUUUUUAAAAAAAAUCAUACUGUCUCAUCAUUGGUGCCACAGUAAAGUAUUAUUUGCAGCUACAGAUUUCCAGUCAUUGAACAUAAACAGCAAGAAUCUUUGUGCAAGCAUUUAAUUCUAGACAUUGUUCUCAAAGGUUGCCACAUUUUGCUGUUGCCAACAUUUAAAAAAACUACAAUAAUUUGUGCCUGUCCUCUGUUAUUUGCAUACCCCAGUCUAUUCAGUUCUAUUUCUAAUGGCAUCAUAAACAACUUUGAAACACUGCUUGCUUGAGAGACAUAGUUUGUCACUGCAAAAAAGAAGCAGAGUAUUAAUAUAUCAAAGAUUACUUAUUUGCUUGUAUAGUGUUGUUGCCUUAACUUUCAUGUUUCUCACCCCCUGCCAACAGAAAUAAACUGGGGACUGAAAUGGUCCCCAUAAGACAUACUGAUGCCAGUGUUGUGAAUCAGUGUUAAUCUCCUGCUUCUGUUUUGCAAAUAUAGACUAUCUCUGCAAGUGUGAGUAACUCUGUGAGUUGUUGUUUAUACUGGUAGAAAUAGGCUGGUAGAGAGUGGCAUCUGGAGUGACACAGUCUCAAGGCUGUGAGUACGUGACGGUGAUCAGCACUGUUCUGCAAGUGUAAACAGAUGUUGGCAAAAGUAAAAUUAUAGGAGUUUUUGCCUUAGCAUGCUAAGCGAUAAGAGUUCAGCGAACUGUGACACACCUGUUGACACAACUGAGCAUGACCCUCAGCUGUAUCAUAAUUUAAAAGAUACACUUAAAGUGAAGUUUCAGAAAAAUUAAUAUUUAAUAUUCAUUGUAUUAUUCAACAGUGCAGCAUUAAGAGCCAUGGUACAUGUAUUCAUACAAUACAUACUCUCCAAUAAAACUAUGAAUGUUGAGGUCAUUCCCAGUUCACUGAAAGCAUGAUGGUGAAUGAUGAGACACUUACCUAGCUAAUCUGACUUACCCGGCACCAUACCAAAGACAUUAUGCAAACCAUUAUGCAAUAUCGCUAAUGUUCAUGCAUGAAAAGUGUGAAUGUUUGACUCAGAAAGCCUUUGACUCCCCUGUGUGAUAUUCACACUUGUUGAGAGAGGAAGUAGCUGUGACUAAUUUCUUCUGGUGUUGUCAUAUGUUCUCGUGGCUUGAGCCCUGGUGAAUGCUGUGUGUUUGUGUUUCAUCCGGGACUGGACUUCCACGGUGCAUUGCUGUUGUGAGUGCAGUCCCAGAUGACUUGUAGUGAAGAGUUAGAUAUGCAUUUCAAGUGAGGAUGCUGGGCUUGAGGCAGAAAUGGCUUGUAGAAGGUGGAGCAUGCACAUCAAAGAAUAUAUAUUUAUACAGACAUAUAGAUAGAUAUCAAAUUUUUUUUUAAAUUGACAAUAUUGUAGUCCAUAAUCAAUCUUAGAUGUGCAGGCUCUCCCUUCUAUUGUUCUGCAUUGAGCCAAGCAUCCACGGUUGAUGUGCAUAUCUUACUCUUCCAUACAUGUCAUCUGAGACUGCACUCACACCUGCAAUACACCAUGGACCAAGAAAGUUUGCAGCUGCAUCAUUUCCCAUAUAUUCAUAAUAAAAAGAAAAAUGAGUGGGGAACCAAGCCACAAUAAUAAUAAUAAAAAAAAAAAGUAUGCAUAAGCUGCACACAGUUUAUACAACAUGUUUACAGAUGCCUGACAGAGUGUGUUCACUGGCUGCCUAAAAUGUUCACCGUUGCCCGCUCCAUAUUUUUCUUGGAAACACUUUGUGCUUCCGUGCAUUGCUGUUUCUACUAUAUACAGCCUACUAAUGAUGUAAUGGUGUGUGUAUGUAUGUGUGUGUGUG